AUGGCCAAGGAAUUGCCUGAAGAUUUGGUGACAGAGAUUCUGCUAUGGCUUCCGGUCGUCUCUCUAUUGCGAUGCAAAUGCGUCUGCAAAUCCUGCUCUGUUAGAGGUAUGAAUACAUACACCAAUGGGAUGGCUUCUUUGGAGGCAUAUGGUGAUAAUAGGGGGAAUCUUUUGUCAUUUGACAUGAGCAACGAGGUAUUCCUAAAAACACCGAAGCCAGAUGAUGUUUUCUUGGAUGAAUUUUCAGAUUGGACAGAUAUUUUCGUGUUGAAUGAAUCGAUCGCUCUCGUAGUUCUCGUCUGGGAUAAAGGAAUGUCGGAGAUUUGCUAUGAUAUAUGGUUGUUACUUGAAGUUGGUGUUAAGGACUCAUGGACUAAGCUUUUCAGUAUUGGACCGUUUACAGAUUUUAAACAACCCCGACCUUUAGGAUUUUGGAAGAAUGACGCCGUGCUCUUUGAAAAUCUUGACGGACAAAUGGUCUUGUAUGACCCCUCAACCAAAGAAAUGACUAAUCUCCCAAUUCAUGGAGAAACAUACUCGUUGCAAUUGGUUACUUACAUGGAGACCCUAGUUUCUGUUAACGGAAGGAAAUGA